AUGCCGAACAAUCCAAAGAAGCAGUUUGGUGGCAAUUUUCGCAAGAAAGCCAAGUUUGACAAGAAGAAGAAGAGCAGUGAACAUGAUGAGGUCCUGCUAGCGGAUGUUGACGAAUUGAUCAAGCGCAAUCGCCCCGAAGAAGACCAGUCCAAUAGCGACAACGACACCCCGCCUCCCACGCUUCCCGAGACUUUCACCGAGAUCGAAUUGACGGUAUCUGAUCUUUCCUCGACUGGAGAUGGUCUCGCGCUCUCCGAGAAUAAGGACCAUGUCUACGUUGUGCCCUUUACAGUUCCUGGCGACAAGGUGCGCGUGAAGGUCAUCCGACACUGUCCCGCGCAGUCCUACACUAUCACCGAUUUUCUGAGCGUGAUUGAGCCAGGACCGAAACGAAAUGAUGCGCUUAUCAAGUGCCAAUACUUUGCAAAGUGUUCCGGGUGUCAAUUGCAAAUGAUGUCGUACGAGGACCAGCUGGCGCAUAAGCGGCGCAUUGUGGAGAAGGCCUACGCCAACUUCUCUGGCUUGAUCCCAGAGCUGGUUCCUUCUAUCGGCGAAACAUUCCCUUCACCUCUGCAAUUCGGAUAUCGCACGAAGCUUACGCCGCACUUCGCCCAGGGAGGUGCGAGGAAGAAGUCAAAUGCCGAUUCAGAAGAAUCGCAGGAAGUCAAGGUGCCACCAAUUGGCUUCUGCUACAAGAAUCGCAGAACAGAUAUGGAUAUCGAAGACUGCCCAUUGGGUACGGAUAUUGUGCGGCGCGGUCUCAAGAGCGAGCGGAAACGUGUUGCUGAGAACAUUCGUUCCUAUAAGAAGGGCGCAACUCUCUUGAUGCGGGAAUCCACCUCUCGCAUUGCCAAGGAUGAAUCUGGGGCCGAGACUGAUGUUAAAGACAUGAAUGGUCUUACCUCAACCCCUGGUGCCGACACGGGUGAUGUGAUUCGCACUGAUCGCGGGAGCUUUAUCGAGGAAAAGCGCUGUAUUACCGACAACAACGCUACGACGGUCGAGUACGUCGAUGAUUUCAUUUUCAGCAACAAGGCCGGUGCCUUCUUCCAGAACAACAACUCCAUUCUCUCUGGAUUUACCGAGUUCAUCCGUUCCCACGCUCUUCCUCCCAACAAUGACCAAGACCCUACCCCCAUCAAGUACCUCCUCGACGCCUACUCGGGCUCCGGUCUAUUCACAAUCACCCUGUCAACGAUCUUCAAGUCCAGUCUCGGUGUCGAUGUUGCUGGCGACUCAAUCGUCUCCGCUCGCGAGAACGCCAAGGCUAACAACCUGCCCAACACGGGCUUUGCCGCCGCGGAUGCAGCCGUUCUUUUCAAGGACGUGCCUUACCCGCCUGACCAGACUCUGCUUGUCAUUGAUCCGCCUCGCAAGGGCUGCUCGGAGGACUUCCUCCAGCAACUUCUUGCGUUCAAGCCUCGUCGUGUUGUCUACGUUAGUUGCAAUGUGCACACCCAAGCUCGGGAUGUGGCCGUCAUGGUGCAAGGUGACGAGAAGCAAGAUGUGCGAUAUGAGAUUGAGAGCAUUCGCGGAUUCGAUUUCUUCCCUCAGACAGGUCAUGUAGAGGGUGUGGCUAUCUUGAACCGUACUUCUUUCCCUAAGAAGGAUUCCGUUUGA